GCUGAGCAAUCAGACCGGGGCUUAUACCACAGGCCAGGACUUCCUUCCUCUCCUGGAGGAAAAAAAAACGUUGGAGGCUUUUAUAAAAUGGGGGCUAUGUUCAGCUUCCAGACGCUCUGUGAGCUUCAGGUCGUCGGACACAGAAGUUUUUAAGACAAUCUCCAGCUUUUCUAACGUUGACAACAUGAUUCUUACAAGUAACGCGUUCCUUAUCAGCCUGUUUUUGCUCUGCGGGCUGGAGGAAAUGGUCCUCUCACAGCACGGACAUUGCGCCGAGGAGCAGUGUUAUGUGCUUUUCCAGGAGCCAAAAGACUUUACAAGCGCAGAGAAAAAAUGCAAAGACACGGAAGGUCGGUUAUCCACGGUCAUCUCAAAACACAUAGACAAGAUGUUAAAGAGUAUACCCAGCGGAGCCAGCGGGAGUUACUGGCUGGACCUGCACAGGGCAACGGCAGAUCUCCAAAACUGCUCCUCCAUCGCUGUGAGGGAGGGACGGAAUUUCACGGUGUCUUGGGAGCCGUGUGGUGAACAGCUGAACGGAUUUCUCUGCCAAUACUCACUCGGGGGCGAGAGCUGUGACGGCUUGAAGGUAGGAGCAGGCGCACAGGUGAAGUACAUCGCGUACACGGGCUACGAAGUGAGAGAUUCAAAAAGGUUUCCACAAGGAACCAUCGCUGUAGUGGGAAAGGUUGGCAGUAAAUAUCCGGACUCAAAGCAUGUGUGUAAUAACAAAGACUGGAUCCAAGCCCCCUGGUUCUGUGAGGUGCUCAACGGCGGCUGUGAGCACAAAUGCGAUAAAAAAACCUGCCUGUGUCCCGCGGGUCAAACCCUCCUACCCAACAAGAUCACCUGUGCCGCAGAUCCGUGCGCCAAGUGCGCGCACGAGUGCCAACGCUGGGGUGACACCUACGCCUGUAAGUGCCGCAAAGGCUACAUUCUGGCGCCGGACAGGAAGAACUGCGUGGACGUGAAUGAGUGUGUGGCGGAGAACCCGUGCACAGGUGAGGGUGAGGAGUGUGUGAACACCCGGGGAGGUUUCCAGUGCAGGUGCAAAGAUGGCUUCGUAAAAGAGGACGGAGUGUGCGUGGACGUUUCAAUCUGCUUCAAGUGUGAGCAUUUGCUGUGUAACAAAACCAAUGGGGUUUAUGCGUGUCAGUGCCGUGAGGGGCACAGGGUGUCCAAGAAAAACUCUACUAAGUGUGAGAUGCACUGCACAGAGAGAGAAUGUCCAGCCAAAUGCAUCCUGAACAAGGGCCUCAGCAACAACAUAACUAGUCUGGAUUGUUUCUGCCCUGAUGGUUACAUUAGAGACGGUGCAGACAGCGCAAACAGCACUGAAAUGUGCAUAGACAUAGAUGAAUGUGAGAGUGGGACAGAAUGUGACCACAAGUGUGAAAAUUUCUAUGGUGGUUUCAGGUGUGAGUGUAAUGAAGGGUUCAAGCUGCACAAUGUGCACGAGUGUUUGCCCAGCGAAGAGGAAACAACGGAGAAGGGGAAUGGAUCAAGCUUAGGUCCUCCAAACCCCACAGCAGCCGCCAGUCACCCAGCUGCAGUGCCCUCUUACAUCAAGACAGGCAGCGUCCUGGGUAUCACCAUGUUUCUGAUGAUGUGUGUGAUGCUGCUGCUUUUCCUGCUCCACAAAGCAUUCAAACGCUGCGGUAAAUUUACGUUUUCCACCAUCAAAAAUCAAAAUAUCGAUAUUUUCUACCUGCAGCAGGUGACCGCGGAGACAUACAAGAAGUUAUCCUUUGACAAACAGUUCACAAGUGACUAGAUACUCUACUUUAAGGAUGUAUGCUGCUUUUGCACCUCCGUCCCAUGUGACAUACUGUAUUUUAGGGACUUUUUCACAGUUAUCUCCAGGCAUAAACAGUUUUUUUUAUCUUUUAAAGCUGCAAGCAAUCACAUUUUGUCCUUCUCAAUUAGGCCAAUUUAUGGGAGUUAUGUAUAACAAAUGAGAUGCUGUUAUCCUAAAAAAAGUCCAAUAGUAGUGGUACUAAAUGGUUCUCAUAGUGCAGUUCUCAAAAUUCUCACAAAUCCAGCAGUAUAAACUUGUCUUUUCUUGUGAAUGACAAGCUUUUCACAUGACAGAACCUCCCUUUUGCCGUCUAAUUACACUGCACUGAAGUUAAGUCCUUUAUAGGAAAAACAAAAAGUUCCUCCAUCUUUGUUCGACACUUUUAUUUAGUAUUAGUGAUGUAACGCUCCACAUAUUGUUCGUUGCACACACUGUAUUUGUGACUGCCGAAGUUAAAGUUAUAUGUUUUUAUCUUUUGGUGAAUUAUCACUUUUAUUAUUGAUGUUCUUUUUAGUCAAAUGCACAUCAUGUUUUUUUUUGUUUCAUGGUUUUGCGUCUGGAUUUAUGAUGAGGGACACUAUUUGUUUGGGGAUGUAUUGGUUGCUAUAGGAACCAUUGCUGAUGUAUAUUAACUCAUGGCUGUGUGCAGGAACUUUUUCACCUUCAUAGACCUGAUGUGUAUCAUUCCAAAAUGACAAAGCCACACUUGAUGAAGGGCCGGGUGUUUAACUUAAAGAUAUCUGGCAGCUUCGGCUUGAUUUUGAAACACAAUUCAUCUUAAGACAUUAAACUGUAUAAACUAAAACAGUACUGUUUAAUUGGCUCCUUUACCAGCUGUACAUUCCCACUGACAUGUAAAUGAGGUUGAAUGUUCUUAACUUUACUGUAUAACAUGUUGCUCUCUGUGCCGCAGACACUGUGCUGCAGGCUUUAAGAGAUCAACUAAACAUGAAUGUAAAUCUCCGCUGCUGUGGUCUACAUAUAGGAACCUCAUUCUGAUAUGCUCAGCCACCACGUGUCUGUAUAACAGGCUUAUUUCAAGCUUUCACUUGUUACACUGUUUGAUUCUGUGUUGGUCAGUAUGUCACUGAGUGAUGAAUUAAAAGACUAACAGCUGCAGUCAUA